GGAACAUUGGGCGGGGCUUAGAGUGACAACUAACCGAAGAAUAACAAAAACAAACACAACACGGACGGAGGGGGUUCCGGGGACGGGCAUAAACCAUGGAGUCUUCCUCUGAUGAAGAGGAGGGGCGCACCUUCAUCCGAGUGCUCAGCGAGAAAUACCACCCUGAGAAUUUUCCCUACGGCCAAGGAGUGGUGGUUAUGCCCAGCCCACCAGGAUCCCCCAUCAAAGAUCGCCUGUUCCUGCCCAGCAUCCUCGUCCUGAAUUACUGUGGGAUCAGUAAAGCCGGCGAGCGGUCAGACAUCGCAGCUUUCUGUGGCCAUGUGGUGGAGCUGGACCUGUCCCACAAUCAACUCAACGACUGGACAGAGAUCUGCACCAUUGUGUCCAGCAUCCCCCACCUGGACUUCCUCAAUCUGAGCAUGAACCCUCUGAGCAGCACGCAGCUGGAGCCCAGCAUGGCCGACGUUUUCUCCAGAGUCCGGCAGCUCAUCCUCAACAACACACACGUCAGCUGGGACACGGUGCACACGCUCACUCAGCACACGCCAGAAUUAGAGGAGCUGUUCCUGUGCCUGAAUGACUACAACACGGUGUCAGAAUCCAAGACGUCCUGUCCGUCCCUGCGCCUCCUGCAGAUCACAGACAACCAGCUGCAGGACUGGGCAGAUGUGAGGAAGUUCGGGAGGAUGUACCCGAGUCUGAGAACGCUCGUGCUGGCCAACAACAGUGUGGACUCUGUGAACGACACUCAGGAAACACUGCAGCGCCUGUUCCCCAACCUGCGCUGCAUCAACCUCAACAACUCAGGGCUCACUAAGUGGGAGGACAUUGCAAGACUCAAUUUGUUCCCUAAGCUGGAGGAAGUCAAAGCAAUGGGGAUUCCUUUGUUGCAGCCUUACACCACCCACGAGAGACGCAGCCUCCUUUUAGCACAGCUGCCGUCCGUAGGGGUGUUAAAUGGAGGUAAGGUGUCUGAUGGAGAGAGGGAGGAUGCAGAGAGGUUUUUCAUCAGGUACUACCAGGGCUGCCCGGAACAGGAGCUCCCUGAGAGGUACCACAUCCUUGUGUCCAAGUAUGGUCACCUGGCCCCGCUGGCAGAGGUGGACCUGAGCCCCCGCAGCACCUUGGUGGAUGUUCGCUAUGGAGACAGAGUGGAAGCCAUCGGCCUCAGCCUGGAGCAGACGGUGGGCGACCUGAAGAAACACCUCAAAACUCUGCUGCAGCUGCCCACCAACGGGAUCCGGCUCUUCUACAUCACCCGGGAGAUGUCUCAGGUCUUGGGACCUGAGGAGCUCAAGUGCGGUACACGGGCCCUCCAUUCCUACAGAAUCCAGGACGGGGAUGAGAUCUUAGUUGUGCUCAAAGUCAAAAGCCGCUGCAGCUCCUCAGAUCAUUAAGAAUGAAGUGCUCUCUGCUGUUGGAUGAAGGGGACAUGAACUGAAGAAAAAAAACAUCUAUCACAUACCAAGUUUUAACUGAAGCCUUUUUUUUUUUUAGAUUAAAAAAGGUUGAGUUUUUUUCCAGUCUUGAAUGUAGACAUGUUUGCUGUCAACCAUAUUGAACAAACUUAUACAAUAACAUAUUUGCACAUGGUAGUUCCACAGUCAGUGUGUUUCAAGUGUGAGUCACAGAUUUCUGGGCUGUAGUUGCUUGAGCCAAAACUGCAGUUUACAUCUCAUCUAUGAAAAACGUCGAUUGCCAAUAGUCCCCUGAAAGAAAGAAAAAUGCAGCCAUGUAAAGCAAUUUGAAAUUGCAGAUUGAUUUUAAAUCAAGAAACACUUCAUAAUUGGAGUGUUUGUCUAGUAUAUUCAGAUAACUUCCCCCUGCUUGUCUGACAUGCUGGUGACACUGACCUUGCACAGAAUGUAAGAGUUUCUUUUAGUGAAAAGUGGUGUUAAAAAGAAUUGGGGAAAUUAAUUUUAAGAGUACCAGCUAAUGCGCAUGACCUCUGUAGUUUCACUGUUCUUUGUGUUUUAUUGCCUUGGCUGGAGAUAAGAAGCAGCUCCUCUAGGUUUUAUCCCAAAGUUCUUCCUCUACUUUCUGCCAGUUGUAGAUUUCUGAUUGUAAACAGAAAUCUGUAAACCGUGUCUUCCCAGCAGUCGUGAACAGUCCAACUUUUCAUGCAUGGGAGUAAACAGUUUAAGUGAAAAUCUUUUGAAACCAAACUCUUUAAAUUCCAACGCAAUGGCAAACAAUGAACCGUUAUCAAGCGGCGGUAGCAGCCAAGCAGAACGAAGUCUUUCCAUGACUUUAUUAACCUCUGCCUGUUGGGAUUGCUGCGGCUUUGUGAACUUGAUGAAGUCUACAUUUGAAUAUGUUGCAUUUAACGACCAUGUGGUGUUACAUUUUUGGUUUACAUUUAAUCAACAUUUUCUAACCACAACAGGACUUUGGUAAAGCAGAAACACCUUCCUGUUGAGAAAGUUUCUUUUCGAGAAACACAAGUAUAACACAAGUCUUCUCCAGCUUCUGCCUGUUUGCUCUCAUUAGGCCGUGUUCACACUUGACUUUUUUCAGAAAAAAGCGCUGCUUUCAGCACCUUUUGAGCGCUUACGCACGAGUGUUCUGUAACCAUAACAACAGGAUCUAGUCUGCGGUGCAACCGCGCCGGAACACAACGCAUCAAUUUAGCACAAAAAAGAACAAACGGGACGGGAAGUCAGACACCGAUACAACAUUAAAACAUCCGGUUUAUUUUCAGAAUAACACCCUCCGUUUUGACGGUUCAGAAAAACCACCGUUUGUGUUUGUUUAUGUGUUUAUAAGGUUUUUAUUGAGUUUUAUACCACGAACAUCGUAUUAUCUCGUGCUGUCGCGAGUGAAUCUGUUAAAUUACCGCGGAAACUCCUUUGUCUCCGUACUCCAGCUGUCCGCUGUGCUCUCCGUGCUGCAGACUGAGAACACAGUCGGUGGGUGUUGACGGAUGAGGACGCACGAACCCGUAACGGACCGGAGCGCACACAUCUGGUGGAAGUUUGCCGUUGUUGGGCACCGGUAGCUAGGGACGUAGGUUACUACUCAUCCUGAUUGGUCAGCUGUCAGAAAGGCGCUUGAUGUCACCCAGCGCUUUUCUGAAAAGUUGAAAUAAUUCAACUGAAAAAGGCGUCAUCCUUUUUCAUUUUUCCAUAGACUUGUAUGUAAAAAAGGCGCUGGCAGUUGAAGAAAGAAGUCAAGUGUGAACACGGCCUUACUCGUUCUAGCAGGGAAAUCUUAGAUAACCCCUGUGCUGAAAAACACAGAUGCUGUGUGUUGGGAAUAACGUAGAGCACAUAGCUGCUGCUCAGUCACGACGCCCUGGCAGAAAGACUAGACAAGUCUGAGGUGAGCUUGGGUCUGGGACUGGGAAAAGGAGAAGUGUCGACGCUCGAGUUACUCCCACUCUCUCUCUGCAGUAGCAGCCGAGAAAACGCUGAGGCCCAGUCUGUAUGGUAACCGCACACCAGGCGCUGUGUCACGGACACUUCCGCUGCAUUUAGGUUAGAAAGGGUUCAGGCAACAGACUCCUGCCCCUCACCCUAAACUCUCCUUUACAUCCGUCUUAUAAACCCGACACUUCUUGCGUCUGCAGUUUCACAAGACCUACAAUGGUGAACAACGGCUCACAUUGGCUUUGACUUUUUUUUUUUUUUUUAAUCAAAGAAUAGAUUUGAAGAUCACCAACUGGCAUCAAACAGCCUUUUCCAAUGCAGACUGCAACCUGGGGCUUCUCAUAUCCUGAACUUUCUAGAGCCUCGGGAGGCUUUGGCUUUCCCUUGGGUUCCCAUAUGUAACACUUUAACACAUGUUGGACUUGCAUACCCAACUAGCUGACUGCCAAACACAUAAACGACACAAUUUGCCAUUUCUAAACCUAUCAGCUGUUGUCUGAUGAAUAUAGAUCCUCUGUAAGCAACCGCCUUUUUUUCCUGGAGUUUGUGAUGUAGCCAUUGGUUAUUCAUAUAGUUGAUAAAGGAUAGGUAUUUGGUUUUGGGGAUACUCAGACAGACAUUGGGAUAACUGGUAAACCCAACUCAAACAACCCUGCUAGCCAGCACAUUAGAGCUAAGGAUCUACUUGCUGAGGUGCUGCAUUCAUGGAAAGCCAUGGGAAAAAAAAAACUUGCAGAAAUACAUCUCUUGUACAGCAUCAGCAACAUAUUGGGUUUCUCAGCUUGUGCAGAAUAUUCAAUCUCAUGAUCCCAACAGAAUUUCUAAAUUGGAGUAUAUUUCCCACAGAAAAUGUAGAAACUCAGAAGCUGUGGUUUUGGUGGCCAAGGAUUUGUAGAUACUGACUUGUCCAUCGACUUUUAAAAAGAAACGUUUGUGCAUAAAAACUUAGCUGUCCUUGUUCAGGUGGGACUGAUGUAAACCUCUACAUGACAUAUUUUACAGUUGAUGUUCCCCUGACUUUCGCUAAGUGCAUGCUGGGGUGUGUUUCAGCCUGCAUGACUCUCAAAAGUUUAAAUGUGGUCACCAUAUGUGUGUUGAAUGUAUGCAGUGUAAAUCUGGCUCCUUUGUAGUCCAUUUCAUGAAGAAAAGAAAAAAAUAGGGAAGGUCUUGCAAAAGCCUUUUUUUAAUGGAGUGCCAUGAAUGCGAAGGAGUUGAUCUUUGGAGGUUUGUUGGGUGAAGGGAGAUCCCAGGGUUUCAUGGACAUGUGUGUUGCUGCAAAAGUGAAAAUGUUUUAAGACGCUGCCGUUCUGCAUCGUUCCUCUGACACAAACUUACUCUGUGUAUUAGAUAACUGGAGAUCCUUUUGUAGGGAGGGUGACUGAUCGGGCUCACACUUUAUGCUAUAAUAUAAUUGAGAUGCUGACAUGGGGGGGGGGGUGAAGCAUUUUGUUUCUAAGGUGCGUCAUGGUAAGUUGGUGAUUUGUAUGUUCCUUAUCUUUAUUGAUAUGUUUGAUGUAAAAUGUGUAACAGAUGUGUCAUUUCAGGGAAACAAUGUGUAUGGGCAUUUGUAAUUUUGACAUUUAAAAAAAAUAUGAUCUAUGCUUCUAUCACCCUCACCUUGAUCCUUCAUUAAUACCAAAUAAAAAGUCUAUUUACAGAUUUAAAAAAUCUAUAAGAGGGUUUCUUAACUGUUCUACAGUUUGCCUUGUGCUGUUUAGAAUAUGGAUUUUAAUUUAUAUCACAUUUGCUUUCUGUAGUUUCUUUAAUGUAUCUUGAUAUUUUUAUUGUAAAUCUUUUUUUCCUUUCUUCAGAUCUUAUUGCCAUUUCUCCUGUCAAGUGUAAUGAUGCUUACACUUCUAUUAAAAUGAUUAAUUCUACGUAAUUAAGCUCA